UGUCUGUCUUGGUUAACAAGUCGAGACGAAAGUAAAGGAAUUUACACAGAGAACUGGAAGCUGCCUACAAAAGCUCUCACUCUCCGCCGGUGCCCGCAAAAUCCAGAGUCAGUCAAAAGAGCCACCGUCGGUCUUCUCCGUCUUCCCCCAUUUCCUGUCUGUAGAACAGAUCGAAUUCCCACCGGCGGCUAAACAUGUUCCUCACCAGGACCGAGUAUGACCGAGGAGUGAACACCUUCUCUCCCGAAGGCCGCCUCUUUCAGGUCGAAUACGCUAUCGAAGCCAUCAAGCUCGGUUCUACUGCGAUUGGGCUGAAGACAAAGGAAGGGGUUGUGCUCGCAGUUGAGAAGCGUAUCACUUCACCACUCUUGUUGUACUCCAUCUUAGAGCUACCAUCCUAAUUCUAUUCUGAAAAGAAUUGAAAGCCUAAUAGAACUCCAAAAACAUAGGGAAUACGUGCCUUUCAUUUCUUGAUGUGUUUUUGUGUACCUUAGAAUAGCUCCUCUUUGUGUUGGUAGAAACAAAAUUAUAUAUUUUUCUCAUGGACUAUCUCAGGAGCCCAGCAGUGUGGAGAAAGUCAUGGAGAUCGAUGAGCAUAUUGGAUGUGCUAUGAGUGGAUUAAUUGCAGAUGCCCGUACUCUUGUUGAGCAUGCUCGUGUUGAAACUCAAAAUCAUAGAUUUUCAUAUGGUGAGCCAAUGACUGUGGAGUCUACGACACAAGCCCUUUGUGAUCUGGCCCUGAGAUUUGGUGAAGGCGAUGAAGAGUCUAUGUCUCGCCCCUUCGGAGUAUCGCUUCUCAUUGCUGGUCAUGAUGAAAAUGGUCCGAGCUUGUACUACACAGAUCCAUCCGGCACAUUUUGGCAAUGCAAUGCAAAGGCUAUUGGGUCAGGUUCUGAAGGUGCAGAUAGCUCUCUACAGGAGCAAUAUAACAAGGAACUCACUCUUCAGGAAGCUGAAACAAUAGCACUUUCCAUCCUAAAGCAAGUUAUGGAGGAAAAGGUAACACCUAACAAUGUGGACAUUGCAAAAGUGGCUCCUACAUACCAUUUGUACACCCCUUCUGAGGUGGAGGCCGUCAUCAGUCGCCUAUGAUGAGACACUAUGACUACAUAGACGUUAUAUGUACCGCUAGUUUUCUUCUUCCCUCGAAUGUUUGUCGUUGUUUCAGCUGUGGGCAUGUGGGUACGAACUAUGACAAUGACGUUCAUGAUAGCUUUUGAGCAAUUUUAGUUCAUGCCUACCAGACUAUCUGAUGUUUCUGUCGUUUGAAUAGGCUCAAUGGGAUUAAGGGUAAAUUGUGGUGCAUGGCCACGGAUGGGGGAAUGAUUGUCUUGGCAAGUUAUGAACAUUUUAGCCUUUUGAUCGAAGAAAUGGAUUGUUAUUUUGAAUCAUUGUCUAUUGAUGUGAGUGCAGUAUCCUGUCUUCCUUGUGUAUGAUCUGGCAUGGAACAAUGUUUACUUAACCUGAACUGGUUAUGUCAUAUU